AUGUUGCCUCCUACUGCUUUGAGCUUCUGUCCACAUACUGGUUAAGUGUUUGGGUUGAUGAUCAACCUCUACCUGAUGGAUCCCAGGAUGUUGAUUUGCGUAACUGGAGGCUAACUGUCUAUGGAUUGCUAGGACUAACACAAACUCUCUUCUUUCUUCUGUCAAAAACUAUGUUGUUCAUUAGUGCUGUUCGUGCAAGUCGAGUUCUCCAUCACUGCAUGCUUCAAUCUGUGAUGCGGGCUCCCAUGUGUUUCUUUGACACUACUCCCAUGGGUAGGACUUUAAACAGGUUUGGAAAGGAUAUUGACGUGGUCGAUAUACAGAUUCCUUUAAAUUUUAAUGGUGGGAUUGAUUGUCUUUUACAAGUUUUAUCAAGUAUCAUCAUUAUCUCUGUCACUAACCCAGUCUUCAUUGCUGCUGCUAUACCAAUUGGUCUUAUCUACCUAUUUAUUCAGAAACUGUAUAUUGGCUCAUCACGACAACUAAAGAGAAUAGAAUCAGUCACAAGGUCACCAAUCUACAAUCAUUUCUCAGAAACACUCAAUGGAACAAGCACUAUUCGAGCUUUCUGUGCUCAGGAGUUUUUUAUCGGUCAAUCAAACGUCAAAGUGGACUUGAACCAAAAUACUUUUUUCUGUCCUUAUUAACAAACAGAUGGAUAGCUGUUAUAUUGUACUUGCUAGGAUCUUUAAUCUCCUUCUUCACAGCUUUGUUUGCUGUUCUUAGUCGAGGUUGGAUUAGCCCCGGUAUUGUCGGUCUUACAUUAUCAUAUGCCAUUCAUCUGCCAGAUACUUUCAGUUGGUUGGUACGAAUGCUUUCUGAUUUGGAAACAAAAAUUGUGUCAGUGGAGAGGAUUGAUGAGUUCUCUGUUCUUCCAU